GAAGUGGAGAGAGGCUCUGAGAUCUAUUUGCUUGGCUUCCUGACGACGACAGGAGGGGGGGUGUCUAACUUCUUCUUUUUUUUUUUCUUUUGCACUGUAAACGGGAUAUCAUUUAAGAGGGAUCGUUAGCUGAGAGCAGCCCAGCUGGGUCAAGGCUGGGAGGCGGGGACGCGGUUGCAAGCAGUGAAGAAAGGUGGAGGCACGAAGAGAGAAGACCAGGUUAAUGAAAGCAUGAGGGGGCUCUUGGGCAGCAGCUGGAGAAAAUUUGGACAUGCUGACAGGGGAAACUAUGACUGGCUAAACAGUGAACCAGGUGGGCCACUUCUGGAAACAGAGCUUCAGAGCAGACAGCAGACAAGUUCAACCAAAGAUGACAUAGAACCAUUUCUGUGCAUCAUAUUGCCUGCCACCAUGAUGCUCUUCCUGGCAUUCCUGCUGCUCUUCCUGUACCGUCGUUGCCAGCGCCCUGCUCCGCAGGGACAGAUCUUCAGCAUCGACCUCCCCGAGGCCCUGCCUGAGCACGAUGUGUCCAAUUUCCUUUCUGUGCUGCCCUGGAACAGCGAACAGAGUUUUCACUACUCCACUCUGCUCCCCGAUGCCACAUUCCUCACUGUGUGUUUGCCUCCAUCCUACGAGGAGGCCACCACAAAGACUUCCAUGGAUGAGGCUCACACUGAGCUCUCUCCAGAUCCAGUGCCUCCUUACGAAGAGAGCACGUUGCAGUCCAGCAGUGCCAAAUAAACUUCCUACAGAAACACCUUAGCUGAAACAUGCAGCCCCUCAAGGCACAAACGUGGAACUGCUAUGGCCUUUAAAAUUAGUGACAAGAUUCCAAAUGAGGCGCCAAACCAAUGAAUUAACGAAGGAAGAAACUUGGAGUGACAGGGAAUGAGUCUUUUCAACUCAUCCUAGGAUUCUCUACCUUCCAUUUGUGGCAAGCGUACACACAGUGUAGCACCACAUCUGUCCCAGACUGAUAACACAGGUAUUCCAGUUAACAAAGCAUGUCAUGCAAGGAUUAAAUUUAAGGAGGGGUAGGAAUCUGUCCUUCUGCAAUCCCUCAUCUACAAGGAAACAUGAAUUACGCUACACAUUCGCUAGUCACAAACAGGGCUUUUAGCACAUACCUAUUACAGUUUGGCUUUUUCUUUGUUACAUGUUUAUUUUUAAUUGAGUUUCUGACAAGCUGAUUCACUCCUUCUGUGUGUAUUAACAUCACAUUGGUCUACAGUGCUCUGCAAAUAUCACAACAGCUCUCAGGAAAGCAAAUAAAUAUAUAACAUUAUUUUUGUUUAAA